AUGAGAUGGGAAUAUGGAUGGUCAAAAGUAGGUGAAAAGGCAGUUCUUAGCGUUCCUGUAACCAGAGGUCUCAAUGUAUCAUUCUUAGGUGCCAUCUCUUCCAAAGGAUGUGUUGACUUGAAGGUGCCACUUACAGCUGAAACUGCUCCUAACAAGAAGAGAAAAGUUGAUUCCAACACUACGAUUUCGGAAAAGAAGGCAAGGGUUGGUACCACAGCUGAUCAUUUCUACUCAUUUGUCAAGUUUGUGCUUAAAGAAAUUGAAACAAACCAGGCACUUAAGGAAAUCAAGUAUUUGAUAGUUGACAACGCAGCCAUCCACAAACGUCGCGAUCUCGAGUUAUUGGUAGCACUGAGUGGAAUGGAACUAGUGUUUUUGCCUCCUUAUUCGCCAGCACUCAAUGCAAUUGAAGAGUUCUGGUCGGUGUGUAAGGCUAAAGUUAAGCAGUCAAAUUUAUCUAGAAAAGAACAGUUGACACCAAGAGUAAGAGAAGCGGCGGCAAAGAUAACCUUGGAGAGCUGUCAAGGGUUCUGUAGCUAUGCCAAUGACCACAUACAGUAUUGUUUAGAGCUGAGGUCUUCAUCGAGUGCUAAUCCUUGUUCCAAAACCAAUGAAUCAUCAUCACCAACGUGUAAUACUGCUGGUGUACUUUUCAAUGGUACCUCUGGCAGUGGUAGCACAAAGUUGACAGGCUCCUUUCCUGAACUUGGCACUAGCCUCUCUUCAAGCGUACUCUCUUUGGAAUUUUCAGAACUUGGAGCAUCUUCAUCUUCAUUGUCACAGUCAUCCCAAGGUGUAGCAAUUCGUUUCACUGAUAAUGUGACAAAACUAGGUUGGGAAAUGGUGUCAAAGCCAACUUUUUGA